GGGAGAAACAGGUAUCUUAUCUCUAGUCCCUUUCAAUUCUGCUAGAUAGCUUCUUAUUUUCUUGACUAGAUUCCUAACUGCCAAAAUUUUCCUUUCAUGGACAAACUGAUUCCGAGAGCUCCAUACAAACCACAAGGUACAGCAAAACACCCGGCACUGCUCCUUAGUUCCUUUUUCAAAAAACCAGUUUAUAGGCGCUCCGUACUGAGAAAACGCCUGAAGGUUCUCCUCUCCACACUUGGAAAUCGUCAUGCUCCACUUCGGCAGGAGGAAUCUGUAAGAUCUUUUGAGCAGUUUCCAAUUGAAAGAGAUCCCAGUCCCUCUGCCAACUCUUCAACAAAGCCUAUCUUGGAGAAGGCCCUUUGCUGCCCAAAUGCUCCUCCAGGUAAAAGAAGGUGUAGAAUCCCAAUUUUUCUACCUUUCAACAGAUCCAAGCCACUAAGCAUGCACCUACGUUGCCUUGCAGAGGCCAGACUUCAAAGAACAAGCACUAACAAAUGAACGAAAAAACACCAAAGACCUAAAACUUCUUGCCAGCUGCGGCAGACAAAACCUUGCUAGGGUAGCAGACGAAAAUUGUUUACAAUUAAUUUAAUUAAUUGCAAGUAUCUUUUCGUUUACUUUUAGCUU